AUGGACGACGACGACGACGAGACGAGCGACGACGCGUGGGACGACGACGCGAGCGAUGGGACGGAUGUGACCGAGGGCUGGGGAGCGCGCGACGCGGGCGCGGACGCGGUGGGCGAGCGUGGGAGGGAUGAAGAGACGACGGUGCCGGAACGAUGCGAUCGAGACGUGGCGUCGACCUCGGCGCUGACGACGCGCGCGAGGAACGGCGAGGGCGAUGGGCCGAGAGAGAUGACGUUUGGAAGCGUGUUCACGCACGCCAAGGCUGGGAUGGAGACGGUGGAUCGAGCGAAGGUGCGACGGGUGAUUUACGGCGCCGUGGCGGGCACGGCGCAUCAUCAAAACGAAUUGAGAAAGGAGGCGAAGACGACGAAGCGGAUAGAGACGAUGCGGGCGCGGGCGAAGAUGAUGACGGCGAUGGAGUGGGAGAGCGCGGGGAAAACGAGCGAUGAACGCGUGCGGGAGUUGGAGAACGCGCGGGACACGUCGCGACGAUGGGUGGUCGUCGAUAUGGAUGGAUUCUACGCGGCGUGCGAAGAGUUGGCGAAUCCGGAGUUGAAGAAGGUUCCGGUCGCGGUCGCCGCGGGGCCUUCGUGCGUGCUCACGACGGCGAACUAUGUGGCGAGGAAGUUCGGCGUGAGGGCAGCCAUGCCAGGAUUCAUUGCGAAAAAGUUGUGCCCGGAGCUCGUCUUCGUCAAGCCAGAUUUCACAAAGUACGUCAAGGCUUCGAAAGAAUCGAGGAGCGUCUUCGCGCAAUAUAAUCCGGAUUACAUCGCCGGAUCACUCGACGAGGCGUACAUUGAGGUGACCGAGUACUGCAAGGAGCACGAUACGACCAUGGAGGCGAUUGCGGCGGAGAUUCGUGAAAAAGUGAAGGCGGCGACCGGCGGCUUGACGUGCUCCGUAGGCGGUGCGUGCUCAAGACGUCUGGCAAAGGUUUGCUCGGACUUCAAUAAACCGGAUGGACAGUACAUCUUAGAACCAUCACGCGAGGCGGCGUUGACGUUCUUGCGAGACCUUCCCGUUCGUAAGAUGUAUGGCAUUGGCAAGACGCUGGAGAGAGUGUUGAAUGAGUUUGACAUUGAGACGUGCGGUGAUUUACUCGACAAGCGCGCAUUGAUGUUAGCGCUAUUCACGCCAAAAUCGUUUGAGCACUUAAUUGGCAUUGCGCUAGGCGUUGGUACCGAAAGGCAUCCGCGGGAGGAACCCGACGGCAUCGCGCCUCGUAAGGGCGUCUCGAAGAGCGAAACUUUCGCAGCCACGAGCGACAAGACCUUCCUCGACGCAAAGAUGACAGAAAUGGCUACGAUGGUGGCGCUCGAAUGCCAAAGACUUAAUUUGAAAGGACGCAUGGUUGCCGUAAAACUAAAACGAAGCACAUUCGACGUGAUUCAGCGUCAAACGACGCUUGCGGGACCGACGAAUGAUGUCAAGACGAUUGUGAAUAGCGCUCUGCGACUGAUGCGAAACGAAAAUUCCAUCGGUGUGGAUAUGACGCUCCGUCUUGUCGGUGCACGCGUGUCGCAAUUCGACCACGAAGAAGCCGUGCCCGAAGAUCAAAAGCGCAUCGACACGUACCUAGCCACGUCGACGGCUGCCGCGCUGGCUGCAAACGAGGAGACAUGGACGUGCGACGAGUGUACGCGAGUGUUCCCAUUGAGAGAAAAGACUGAGCAUCUCGACUGGCACGUUGCGAGGCGUUUGCAGUCGCGCGACGAUGCGGAGCAAUGUCGCGCUCGACUCGCGUCGUCACACAAAGGGCCGACGUCAAAGAAGGCUCGCGGUAAACAACAAAAUUUGAAGGCAUUUUUCACCAUGUAA